AUGGGUUUGGGCCCCUGGACGUGUCUUGCAGUUGCUCUGCUGUGUACCCAGAAUUCGCUACUUCCCCCAUUUUCCCUGGCAUCUGUGCCAGUCAGCAGGGUACCACUCCUGGAUGAUUGGACUUUUCAGGAACAUCUGGAGAGACGGAACAUCCUGGCUGUGAUGUUCAUCACUCCAAGAUGUGGAGAAUGCAUGCGUCUGUCCCCUGAAUUCGAGGAAGCCGCUAUAAGGCUGGAGGGCCUUUUCUUCUUGGCCAAGGUGGAUUGUAUGAUAUCCACACAGAUCUGUCGUAGGUACAGUAUCCACAAAUACCCCACGCUGAUGAUUUUCCGUGGCAGUGAAGAAUUUGGAACAUACCAUGGCUCUUACACUGCAGCUUCCAUUGUUCGAUACAUAAGGAAAGAGGCUGAUCCAAACUCCCAAGAGAUUCGGUCCCUGGAGCAGUUAAAAGCCUUUACAAGCAACCCCGAAGCAGGCAUUGUUGGUUUCUUUGCUAAUCGGAGAAAUCCCAACUUGCCCAGGUUCCUAGAGGCAGAGAGGUCUCUGGAGAUCUAUAGAUUUUCUUUUACCUGUGUUGCUGAUCUUUUGCGUAGGCAUGAAAUUGAUCAUGAAGGAGUUGUUCUCUUCCGACCAUCCUACCUGCACAGCAAGUUUGAGAAUAGCACAGUGAAAUUUAGAGGUUCUAUAUCGGUGACUCAAAUGAAGAUGUUUAUUCAGAAGAACUUUUUCGGCCUGUGUCCCGUCAUGACAUUGGAAAACCACAAGCAGCUUCAUCAGAAGGAUCUAAUGAUGGCAUUUUACAAUGUGGACUAUAAAACCAACCCCCAAAUGACUAGUUACUGGAGAAACAGAAUACUGAUGGUUGUCAAGAAGUUUCGGGAUGCUGGAAAGAAACUAAAUUAUGCCAUUGCAAAUCGACAGGAGUUCUCAUUCGAAUUAUCUGAGUAUGGAAUAGAAAACAGAUCUGGUGAGACACCUACGAUAGUCAUACGGACCACAAAGAGACAUAAAUACCUUAUGAGAGAAGAGUUCACGAGAGAUGGUAAAGCUCUGGAACGGUUCCUAUCGGAAUAUUUCAGUGGGAGGUUAAAACGUUACUUUAGAUCUCAGCCAAUCCCUGCAAAGAACGAUAGCGCUGUACAGAUAAUUGUCGCUGACACUUUCAAUAAGAUUGUCAAUAACCAAGAGAAGGACGUGAUGAUAAACUUCUUCGCUCCGUGGUGUGGUCUAUGUCAGAGCCUGGAUGCAACAUACAAAGAAGUAGCUGAAAAGCUCAUGCACGAUCCGCAUGUGGUUAUUGCAAAGAUGGAUGCAACCGCAAAUGAUGUACCUCCGCCUUAUGAAAUCACAGGGUUUCCCACAAUAUACUUUGUCCCAAUGGAAAGCAAACAUGCCCCGACUCUGUACGAGGGAGAAUGGCAAAUGAAUGAUAUUCUCAGGUUCUUAAAGAAGACAUCUACCCUUAAAUUGAACAUCUAUGAAUCAAAAAAACUAAAUAAAAAAACUGAGUUGUAA